GCAGAACUUGCGCAUGGUUACCGUGGUGCUGCGAAGGCGGCUGGCGUUAUCAAGUGUGUUGUCCAACUGUCAAAAAGAUGAUGACUUCUACGGAAACGUCGGAAGUAGAGAACCUGAGUGAGAAAAAUGCUGAGGAUUCGGCGAUUCUGGAAGUGAGCUCGAUGGCGGUGGGCGGAAUCGUGAAACAGGAGAGUCGCGACGUCGAUUUCCUAUCUAACUGCAGCACCUCCAUCGAGGGAUCCGUGAUUGCAUCUCCUUCUAUCGAUAGUUUCUCUACUCUACCAGAUCAGGAGAUAUCAGACUUUCAAACGGACUCUCGAGACUUGCAAGUGAAAGUAGACAAUCCACAGAAACAUCUAGAAACUUUAGAAACUUAUAUUACAUUCCGCAUAACAACCAGAACUACGCGUCCAGAAUUUGAAGAAGGAGAGUAUAUAGUCCGCAGACGUUAUAAUGAUUUCAUUUGGCUUCGUCAAAAGUUGGUAGAUACUUAUCCAACACAUAUUAUACCACCAAUGCCAGGCAAGCAUACACUGCUUGCUCAGCUAGAUCGCUAUUCCAAAGAAUUUGUUAUAGCUCGUAUGAAACUUCUCCAUAUAUUUUUAAACAGAGUGGUGAAUCAUCCUAUUCUCAGUUGUGACAAAAGUUUGCAUAUCUUUCUCACAACUAAACCUGCUGAAUUUCUCGUUCAUCGCAAAAAUCGUGGAAACGUGCUUGUCAAAAUGACUGAUUCCUUGCAAAACAUAGCAAGUACAUAUACAAUGAAACAACGUCAUUUGGAGUUCGAACAAAUUCGAGAUUAUUGUACAGCACUGAGUGAAAAAUUGUCGACUAUAGAUAAGAUUAAUCAUCGCAUACACAAAGAGAGACAAGAUUAUUUAUUGGAGCUUCAUCAGCUAUAUCCUAUAUUUACACUAUGGGCAACUUCAGAACCAGAACUUGCGCCAAUUUUAUUGGCGAUCGCUAAAGCGGUAGAUUCGAAUGCAUUGGCACAUCAGAAACUUUUAGAGAAUGUUCCUAACGACGAACGCGAAUAUGUUUCGUAUAUAGAAGCAGUUAAGAGUGCUCUAUCUCGUCGCGAUUCUAUGCAGAUUGAAUAUGAAAUAACCGUCGACGAAUUAGCGAAAAGAAGAUUAGAAAAAGAUCAGUUGGUAGGAGUUACAAGCUGCACGGUACCUUCACAAGGUUGGGGUGGAUCUUUGUGGAAGGCAGAAUCUCGCGAUGAAAAGCUAGAGAGACUAGGUCAGACUAUUCCGCGAUUAGCUAAGCAAGCGGAGAUUUUACAGGAUCGCGUAGAAUGCGCAAAUGAAAAUUUGCGAAGUGAUUUACAAAGGUGGAACAUAGAAAAACAAGUAGAUCUGAAGAAUAUGCUAAUCUCAAUGACAGACCGACAUAUCAGACACUAUCAGCAGUGCAUGAAUGCAUGGGAAGAAAUACUCGCUGGCCUCAAGUUGGAUGGAAUCGGAGCUGAUGCUACCGUAGGACCGCCCGUCAAAAUACCAGUUUGAAUCUCUUUCCGUCACACCCGAAAGGAUAUAAGAUAAAUAUUCGUUAUGUCUAUACAAAGGUAAUAACACACCAGUUCGAGAAUCUCUAUCAAAUAAUGACACAAAGAGUUUAUUGCAAUUCAAAGAACAAUCUCUACUAGCUUGUCGAUAUUAAUGCUUUGUGAAAACAACUCGUUGUUUCAGCGAGAGUUUCGAGAAAAAAGAUUAAUUAGUAUGCAAAUUACAACGAUUACAUUUAAUAAUGUAGCCGUUUGUAGAUUGCAUUUAGCAAAAGUUGCGCAUUUAUGUAUAUACAUGUUAUAUGUAGUACACUAAUAUCAAAACUCUAUUCAAAAAGAUCCGCCUUUUUAUGAUACAAUACAAUCUUGUGAUAACGUGAAAAAUUAAGUAUAAUGCAAUUUGGCCCUACAUAUAUAUAUGUGGGGCAAGUUCCAUGUACGAGAGAAAUUUCUCCGACAUGUUCCUUCAGUUUCGAUCAGCUAUUAAUUUUUGGGACCAAGUAUCGAGCCGGUUACCACCUCUUCUAUUCGUCUCUGCUCUUUCUUACUUUAAACCACGUCACGGUACAUUUAUUGACAAUCAGUUUAGUCAUCUAUAUUAUAUCUACUAGUUACCAAAGUACAGCAGUUACCAUAGUGUAGUAGAUAAUGAACGUAUAGUAUACAACGCUGGUAAACUUUACAAAUCGGAGCUAAAUGCUUGCGAGCUUCGUUGUAUCGUUAAUUAGUACCUUUAUAGUCUAUGUCUCUAAGUUACCAUCAAGUCGCACGCUGCACUGGUCGAUCGUUACGAUCGACCUUAUGGAAAAAGACGUGAGUAGUGAGAGUAAAUCAAGCUUAUAUAUAUGCAGCUUAUAUAUAUCUCUCUCUCCUCGUGUCAGUUAUUUAUAUUCUGUAUCGAAAGGAAGGUACUCUCUUUCUUGUCAUUUGUUGGAUACAACGCAGAUACGUUUCUAUAUAUUACGUCACGCUCGAUGAGAAUGAAAACGGAGUUUGUAUCAAUAAAUAAAUUAUUGUUUGCAAUGAAGAAGUAUAAUAACUCUUAGUCUCUUCACUCUAUUAAG